GGGGCGAAGAUGGCGGACGUGCUCAGCGUCCUGCGACAGUACAACAUCCAGAAGAAGGAGAUUGUGGUGAAAGGGGACGAAGUGAUCUUCGGCGAGUUCUCCUGGCCCAAGAACGUGAAGACCAACUAUGUGGUUUGGGGGACUGGGAAGGAAGGCCAACCUAGAGAGUACUACACAUUGGAUUCGAUCUUAUUUCUACUUAAUAAUGUGCACCUAUCUCAUCCUGUCUAUGUCCGACGUGCAGCUACCGAAAAUAUUCCAGUGGUUAGAAGACCUGACCGAAAAGAUCUACUUGGAUAUCUCAAUGGUGAAGCAUCAACAUCGGCCAGUAUAGACAGAAGUGCCCCUCUAGAAAUAGGUCUGCAGAGAUCUACUCAAGUCAAACGAGCUGCAGAUGAAGUUUUGGCAGAAGCAAAAAAACCACGAAUUGAGGAUGAAGAGUGUGUACGCCUUGAUAAAGAGAGAUUGGCUGCUCGUUUGGAGGGUCACAAAGAAGGGAUUGUACAGACUGAACAAAUCAGGUCUUUGUCUGAAGCUAUGUCAGUGGAAAAAAUUGCCGCAAUCAAAGCCAAAAUUAUGGCUAAGAAAAGAUCUACCAUUAAGACUGACUUAGAUGAUGAUAUAACUGCCUUAAAACAGAGGAGUUUUGUGGAUGCUGAAGUAGAUGUGACCCGAGAUAUUGUCAGCAGAGAAAGAGUGUGGCGGACGCGAACAACUAUUUUACAGAGCACAGGAAAGAAUUUUUCCAAGAAUAUUUUUGCAAUUCUUCAGUCAGUAAAGGCCAGAGAAGAAGGGCGUGCACCCGAACAGCGACCGGCCCCAAAUGCAGCACCUGUUGAUCCUACAUUGCGUACCAAACAGCCUAUCCCGGCUGCUUACAACAGAUAUGACCAGGAAAGAUUCAAAGGAAAAGAAGAAACGGAAGGUUUCAAAAUUGACACUAUGGGCACCUACCAUGGGAUGACUCUCAAGUCUGUGACGGAAGGUGCGUCAGCCCGGAAGACGCAGACUCCUGCAGCACAACCUGUACCAAGGCCAGUUUCUCAAGCCAGACCUCCCCCAAAUCAGAAGAAAGGAUCUCGAACACCCAUUAUCAUAAUUCCUGCAGCUACCACCUCUUUAAUAACCAUGCUUAAUGCAAAGGACCUUCUCCAGGACCUGAAAUUUGUUCCAUCAGAUGAAAAGAAGAAGCAAGGCUGCCAACGAGAAAAUGAAACUCUAAUUCAGAGAAGAAAAGACCAGAUGCAACCGGGGGGCACUGCCAUUAGUGUCACAGUUCCUUACAGAGUAGUCGACCAACCCCUUAAACUCAUGCCUCAGGACUGGGACCGGGUUGUAGCAGUUUUUGUGCAGGGUCCUGCGUGGCAGUUCAAAGGUUGGCCGUGGCUUUUGCCUGAUGGAUCACCAGUUGACAUAUUUGCUAAAAUUAAAGCCUUCCAUCUCAAAUAUGAUGAAGUUCGUCUGGACCCAAACGUUCAGAAAUGGGACGUAACAGUAUUAGAACUCAGCUAUCACAAACGUCAUCUGGACAGACCAGUUUUCUUACGAUUCUGGGAAACAUUGGAUAGGUACAUGGUAAAGCACAAAUCUCACUUGAGAUUCUGAGUUACUUGUUUUCUUGCUUUUCUGGAAAUCUGAAUUAAGACGAUAACACCGUGGAUACACCAUGCUCUAAAGACUGGGACUGAAGCUUUAUGAAUUUAUCAAGAACUUAAAAAUGAAGAAGGUCACGGAUCGAUCUUUUAUAAAACCUUAUUUGAUGAUUUAUGCUUCAAAGGGAUGAUGCCUAUCAUCCAUAUAAGCAAACUUUUUGGCUUACAACUAUUUUUUUAAUAUUAGUCUUCUAGUCUGUAAUGGAAAUUGUAUAUUUUGAUAGAAGUUUUUUCUCCAUUGGUUACAUUAGCAUCACUUAAAAUUUGUUUCUCUAGAAAAUAAAUACAGGUUACAAAUGUGUGUAUAUGUAGAGGUUAUAAGGCUCUCUAAGCCAUCUUGCUUCUG